AUGAAGGUCGACAACAACAGGAAGCACGCCAUCGCCUUCGCCGACAGGAACGUAUACUUACCGAAAAGUUCAAGUUUGACCUCACAGAUUACAGUUGAAAAUCAGCCGGAUUCACAACGACCACAGUAUAUUCUUGCUGGGCCACAUCCGGCCUCCAUUGAAGAGGCUGAGGAGUUUGAGGAAGAAAACAACUUUGAUUGCUCCAGAGCAGAAGAGGUGAGUACGAGUUUUUUUCUGUAG